AUGGCAACAUUGUCCCAGAAGAAGCUUAUGGAGUCCGUAAGGCUGAUGGAGAGGGAAUGGGUAAAGAUGCACAAAGCCCUGGUGCGGUCGAGAUGCGGGGAGGUCAAGGAGGUUAGAUACAGAUAUGUCGAGAUGAUUGGAAGAGGGUCUUUUGGCGUGGUCGUCAAGAUAAUGGACGACAGACAUAACUUCUUUGCGCUGAAGAGGGUUUACCAAGAUAGAAGAUACCACAAUAGGGAGCUUGGGAUUCUGAUGGAGGUGGAUCAUCCAAACAUUGUGAGGCUUGUGUCGUACUUCCACACUGACAAAACAUCUUCUGGCGCAUAUCUCAACAUCAUCACAGACUUUGUUGGGAUGAACCUGGAGGAAUACAUAAAGGCAAAUAGAGGCGUGGAGACAGAGGAGAUCAGGUCGGUAUACAGGCAGAUUCUGGAGGGGCUGAGAUAUCUGCAUGAGAAGAACAUAUGCCAUAGAGAUAUGAAGCCGUCAAACAUACUCAUAGACACCAACGGACUGGUCAAGAUCUGCGACCUUGGAAGUGCGAAGGUAAUCAAGAGUGGAGAAAGGAACAUAACAUAUAUAUGCUCCAGGUUCUACCGGGCGCCGGAGAAUCUCCUCGACUACAAGGAAUAUGACUUCAAGAUCGACAUAUGGUCGGUUGGAUGUGUGAUUGCCGAAUUCAGGCACCCCGGGCCUAUAUUUAAGGGAGACACCAGCGGAUCUACGCUCAACAGGAUCCUCGAGAUUGUUAGAGUCACUUCGGACGACCUGAUUGGGCUUGGGUGUCUAAAACCCGACCUUAAGCAGGGGGUAGGCAUCAGAAAGUAUCUUGAGGCAUUCUUCAGUGAUCCCGAUCUUCUGGAGGUUCUUGAAAAGUCCCUGGCAUUUUCUCCCUGCAAAAGGUCCACAGCCUCGGAGCUACUGAGAAAGCAGUUCUUCCAGCAGGCACAUGAGUAA